UUGGCGUAUGGAAUGGUGUGUUGGGCAGUGAACGACGAAAAAGCUGUAUUGGAUUCAGCAACCGCCCUUAGUAAUAAAAUGGAAGUCCAACCCAACGCUAAAAAAUGCAAAUUCCAAGAUCAGUCGGAAAUGGAGCUGCCAUGUCUUCCUGCAGAUCCGUGUCCGGAAAUGCGUCCUUUCUGCCAUCAGGUCGGAGGACAUACCCAAUUUUUGCAGCUGGAUCAGUCCACCGUUUGCAAGCCUCUCAUUCCGCGGGAGUUGAGUUUUUAUCUGAACGCACCAGCUGACAUUUGCACCUUUACACCCAAGUGCAAAGGUGUGAUCCAGACGUGGCACCAAGAAGGUCGUCAAUACUGGAAACGAUUCGCAAUGGAUGAAAUCAGCGUCACGGCCGAUCAUUCAGAAAUCUCUUCCAAUACUCGGCACGAUGCUCCAUUGAGGAUAUCUCUGGCCGGCCAUGAAGCCAUUUCUUACCAUCCUGCGCACACCUACACUGAUGGAUCAUCUCAAUUUUUCAUGAUGCUGGAGAACGUAGCAUCCGCAUCGAAAUUCGAGCGGCCCUGCGUGCUGGACUUGAAGAUGGGCACCAGACAACACGGUGACGAUGCAUCCGCCGAGAAACGGAACCGGCAAAUGGCCAAAUGCGCAGCUAGCACUUCCGCUUCUCUCGGACUCCGGCUCUGUGGCAUGAAGGUGUACGAAGCCACAUCGGACAAGUUCUUUGUCCAGGACAAGUAUUUUGGAAGGAGACUUGAUGCUGAUGGACUACGUAAGGCGUUGGUCCAGUUCUUCGCUAGUGGCGGGGCUCGUCGUGCUGGAAUUAUUGGAGCCAUCCUGGAACGUCUGAGGCUUCUCCGCAAAGCUAUUGAACAGCAGGACACAUUUCGAUUCUAUUCGAGUUCUUUGUUGAUCGUCUACGAAGGAUGCGAUGAACAUUGCGAAUUUUUUCUCGGUCGUGAUUACCAUUUCCUCACUCCUCCACUUGCUAGACGAUCUAGCGAGCCGGAGUCAACUGAUGUGAGUUGUUACAAACCAGCGAGAUGCAGCUCGGACGCGCAAAUUCCACGACUAAAUGAAGUGGCCAUUCCAAGCCAAGUAUCCAUCGCAGACACUAACGAUUGUUACUUGACGGACAGCUGUGAAACUCAGUCUUUUGGUACGAGUCCACAAUCCGUUGACAGCGGACUCGAUUGCCUCAUGAUGGAACAAGCUUCGUCGCUGUCCAGCACCAAUGAGUGCUGCUGGAAGGGUGUGAAUGGCCAGGGCCGUUACAAGCCUAUUUUAAAGAAUUCAUCGACGAGUUACGAGUGUGACAAUUCAACAGACAGCACAGACAGUGGAGUCUUCUCUUUGCCAAUGGUUAAACAGCAAUUUAAAAAAUUGAAGAAACAAUCGACGACUUACACGGACAGCGAAGAAGAAAGCGAUGUGAUGUGGCUGGAGGAUGGCCAGCAGGUUUCAAUGGAGUUGUCAGGCGAGGAAGAUGGCGAAUUGACGCCCGUGCUGGAAGUCAGCCGGACGGAAGAGUUCACAGCAAAUGGAAGCCAAGACAAACCGAAUCCAGCUAAAGCGGAUAAUUGCUGGGCAGAUUGUGUCGAUGUCCGAAUGAUCGAUUUCGCGCACACGACCUUCUCUGGUUACCUCGGAUUGGACGAACGGGUUCAUUGGGGCCCCGACAACGGAUAUCUUUUCGGUCUUGAAAAUUUGACAGACAUUUUAAGCGAAUUGCAAGGAUUUUCUGCUCAUCAGAGAAACGCCUUAUCUUAUUGACAAUUUAAAUUACGCACUGGGACAGACAAUAUUUUUCAAAAAUUCCAGAUGACAAUGAUGGCGAACAAGUACAAAUAUGAUGGACAAAACGAAAAUUCAGACCUGUAAAGAAAACAAGGUCGGUUAAGAAUUAGUGCAACGUUUUUUAAUGUAUGAUCUUCAUGUUAUUUGGUUAAUUGUAAAUAAUUUUUGUACUCAAAAACAAUAAACACUGACAUGGA